AUGUCUACAGAUAACACAGCUGCUGCACUUCAGGUACCUGGGAUUUCAGAUGUGAAUGCACUACACAGUGAGAGAGAGACUGAGAAGAGCAGCCCCGCGGGGGCGAAGUUUCCAGUUGAAUACCUCAUGCGUGUGAGGCUUGCGGGUACUCUUGGAUCUGAUAUCCCACUGUAUGAUAGACAAGUUGGGGAAUCGGAUUUAUGGAAAGAAUUCUAUCCCUUGAAAGGGGAGGAGUUUGACUACGCAAAGGAAGACUACUGGAUCUUUAGUGUUCAUCUGCAUGACGCUGAGAUGAGCAUUCAAAUCGGUGGGGAGGAUCCUGUCCUUGCAACUUCUGCCCCCAAUUGGCGCAGCGUUAGCGACUUUAGGCAGACAAACAUCGGCUUCCCGGAAACGCAAAACUCUCGUGGUCAGUUUAUAAUCGGUGAAGCUAGGUUCAAUUUGAAGUGGCAACGGUACGUUGCCGUUCGGGCUCCGAAGGCAACCAACCCAGCUGUCACUGUCAGAGGCAUCGGCCACUACGCAUCACUCAACUGGGUUGGCUUGUUUGUGAAGCGAGGAGCCGACGACAUGAACGAGUUUAUCGCACUGAAGACCAACUGCAUGUUGCUGCCUCAAUAUGCCAAGUCAAUUGAGAAAGAACCAUGGUACGAUGAGCGAUGUGGUGCAGAUGUGACAGAUCGUUUUCUCUCAAUGUAUCCGAAGCAACUUUACGGAUCUGAUGGCAUCAAUCAGAAAACAUAUGACCUGUUUGUUACCCAAAAUCCUAGCGACAACCUAGGUCUCAAGCACUACCUUGAGGUCAUGAGGAAGCUACGUUCGCCAGUAACUAAGGGUGUCCGGGAGCAUCAGCUGGUCUAUACGUGGAAUGCUGAUGAUACGACUGAGAUUUAUAUUAAGCGUAUUGUCGAUGGCUUCAGUCACCUGUCCAGCUUUGACUAUUGCACGGGGCAUGCGUCACAAAGUACAACCGGCAGUGGCUGGGCAAUAUUGGUCGCACUUCUUGGAACAACCGCCAGGGUUGUUACAGGCCUUGUCUCUGGAAACCUUGUCCCGGUGGUGAAUGCGAUUGCAGAUCUUAUGGAUCAUGAUGACAACAAAUCUGCAGUCGAUGCCAGGGGCUUUAUCACAGCGUUGGUAGAGCUUGGGCAAACAGUGAAGCCCCGCAAGAAAACAGCAAACACGCUUAGUUUCAAAGAGCUUGAAGCCAAAAAGGAUAGCGUUGUGCUCAGUGAUUUCGGCUGUGAAGGUUAUUGA